AAAGUGGCCAAUUGAACGGCUUCUUUUUCGCGCCCAGAAGACUCUAUAAACAGACUUCCUGUAUUCCAGUAUGUAUUGGUGGCUUAGUGCGCUGUGUAAUUAAUGUCUGGGCGCGGCAAUCAGGGUGGCAAGGCUCGCGCCAAGACCAAGACGUGAUCAUCCCGCGCCGGGCUGCAGUUCCCGGUGGGGCGCGUGCACCGCCUGCUCCGCAAGGGCAACUAUGCAGAGCGCGUGGGCGCCGGCGCCCCUGUUUACCUGACGGCCGAGAUUCUGGAGCUGGCGGGCAACGCGGCGCGCGACAACAAGACGCGCAUCAUCCCGCGCCAGCUGCAGCUGGCCAUCCGCAACGACGAGGCGCUCAACAAGCUGCUGGGCAAGGUGACGAUCGCUCAGGGCGGCGUGCUGUCCAAUAAGACCGAGAGCUACCAUAAGGCCAACUGCAAACACAAAGCCAUAAAGGCUCUUUUCAGAGCCAGAUACCAAAGCUCUAAGUUGUGA